AUGACAAAAUCUACGAUAAAUUUAUUAUUGAUACUACUAUUAUUAAAUUUUUUCUCAUCAAUAAAUGCUCAAACGAGUUUAAAACCCACUCGGACAACCACAGUACAAGUGACUGUAACUGAUCCACCUACCAGUAGUAGUUCUCCCAAUAGUAACUCUGGAUCAAAAACAUCAACAAAAUUACUAAUCAUAAUAAUUGUGAGUGUUGCUGUAGUUAUUCUUGCAGCUGUAACAUUCUGGCUAAUGAUACAAAAUAAUCCACAGCCACCAUAUCAACCAUAUUAUGGAGAGGGAGGAUACAUGCCAACACCAGGAACACCAACAAAGCCAUUUGUAAUUCCAUCACCAGGAACACCACCAACAAAGCCACUUGAAAUGUCAACACCACCACCACAGUAUCAGAUGCCACCAAGUCAUAGUUUUAGUCCUUCUCCACAACCACCACAAGGUUAUUAUCCUUCUACACUACCCCAACAGCAUCCUUCUAAUUAUCAAACUUCACCUUAUGAAGGACAUCAAGAAUAUGUUCCACCGUCACAACUACCACAACAAUUUCAAGGAGGAUCACCUUAUCAAGGGGGAUCACCUUACACCCCUUUACAAGGAUCACCUUACCCUCCCUCACAAAGACCACCUUACCCCCCUUUACAAUAA